CAACGGGAAACGUGUCGAACGUCCGGGAAAACCAGUCCCACUGUCAGCAAAAUUUCCACGCGGUCGUGCUUAUUUAAUUUCGGUGUCAGGAUGAGGAAACCGAUCGUCGGGUUUUGGUGCAUUUUGAUCGUGGACGCCGUGCUGUUGCAGGUAAAUUCUGAGAAUUGUGAUGGAGAAAUAGAAAAUGCCCUUCGCAAACUCCUCUCCCCAUCGGAAUAUCCGACCCUCCAGCUUCGUGCGUUGCGUCGCCAACUUUUGCACAAAAUGCAACAGGCUUUGGAAAAGUUCGAAGAGGAGGAGGAUCCCAAUUUAAAAAGUUCGUUGAGUGCACUGGCGCGCUGGAAUAAUCUUCCUGAGAAAAGAAACUUGGAGUCGCUCGCCAGAGCCGGUUAUAUUAAAACGUUGCCGGAUGUUGAAGACGCGAAUGAUUCUUUCAAAAGGAGCAUAGCUAAUUUGGCCAAGAACGGGCAGUUGCCUCAUCACGACGACAAGAGGGGAAUACAAUCUUUGGCGAGGAAUGGAGAGAUACAUACCAAACCUACCAGUCGCCAAGACCAAUUGGACGAGGAGUUGUACAAGAGGAACGUUGCGAGUCUUGCAAGAUCUUACAAUUUUCCUGUUUUCAAUCAGAAGCGGUCUUUGAGCAGUUUGGCACGGGCAGGAGAUUUGCCAAACUUUUACAAGAGGAACAUUGCUGCAUUAGCCAGAGAUGGUGCCUUAGGUAAACGUCUUGAGGACUCGUACUUCACAGAAGACGGCACCGAAAACAUCAAACGGAACAUAGCUUCAAUCAAGGCCCAAUAUAAUCCGAAAUUUAAAAGAUCUGCCUCCAGAACUAAAAGAGAAAUCGACUAUGACAAUUUGGAAUAUUCUUCACCCGUUUACCAGAACACCAACGUCUUCGACUAUGAGGAAAUGAUAAAAGAAUUGACCGGGGAAUAUCCUGAACCUGAAAAGAGAUUUUUAGGAUCGGUGGCCCGAACCGGAUGGUUCCGUCCUGCGACCUCCCGAAUGUCACGGUAUAAUUCCCCGGAUAAAAGACACAUAGGUUCGUUGGCCAGGCUGGGUUGGUUGCCGAUCAGACGGUACGAACGUGGUUUCAAUCGGUCCGGCCGGUCCACAAAUCUCGACGAAUGCAGGGCGCUUACCGCAGAUGGGGAAGCCGAAAUCGACAGUUUCGCCAAAAGUACGUUUCCCUUAAAUAUCCCAAUCAACAACUUGAUGGUGAGGAGCCACCCUCGUCAUCCUAACGCUCUUUAAAAAAAUCCAAAUCUUCAUAUCUUAAACAUAUUUAAACUCCAACAUAUCCAAUGUGGGUUGAUAUGUAAUUACUUUUGAUUACAUAUACGCCCGUUUUAAAUUGGGACGAAUGAUUAGAUUAUUUAAUCUGAUUCUCUCAUAUCAGCCAAGAAUAUCACAUCCAAAACAAAUUCCUGUUUAGAAUUUUAAUCUAUAGGCCAAUUGAUUAUCAUGUAUUAGGUGUGUUUUACGUUUUCGAAAUAAGAACGGAAUCGUAUGCGAUGAGACGUCGGAAAUAAAUUUACAGAAUGGCUGGAAUUACUGAAAAUUUUUGCUGUGUCAGACAAUAAUCUUACAACCAAUGUUUAUGACAAUAAAUGUGUAAAAUUUAGACAAUAAAAGUCGAAAAUUUUUGUGAAGGCUUUAGCCAAAUAUUAUUAGUGUUAAUAUAUUCUAUGUACGUAUAUUUAUCGUCAAUAAAAAUUAUGACAAUA